AUGAACCCCUUCCAGCCCCUGCCGGUGUACGGGAGGGAGGUCUCCGAGCGGUACCGGCACCACGAGACAGGCACGCUGCCGCCCCACAUCUUCGCCGUGGCCAGUCGGGCCUACCACGCCAUGCUGGGCCGCCGGGGUGGCGGGCCCCAGAGCCAGUGUAUCGUCAUCAGUGGAGAGAGUGGUGCAGGGAAAACAGAGAGUACGAAGCUAUUGUUGCAGCACAUAAUGAACCUAUGCAAAGGCAACUCACAGCUGGAGCAGCAGAUCCUUCAGGUAAAUCCGUUGCUUGAAGCUUUUGGCAAUGCACAGACUGUGAUGAAUGACAACAGCAGCCGCUUUGGAAAAUACAUACAGCUGCGUUUCCAGAAGAAUACAGUGCGAGGUGCAAAGCUGAGUGAGUACCUGUUAGAGAAGUCACGGGUAGUGCAACAAGAUACCGGGGAGAGGAAUUUCCAUAUCUUCUACUACAUGUUUGCUGGACUCUCUUUGGAAGAAAAGGAGAUGUAUGGGCUAUUGGAUCCUUCACUCUACAGGUACAUAAGUGGACGAUUUGGUACACAGGAUGUAGCUCAACGCUGGAAGCACAAAUACCAAGAGGUGUGCAAUGCCCUUGACAUGGUGGGCUUCCAAGAACAGGAGCAAGUGGACAUGCAGGCUAUCUUGGCUGGCGUGUUGUCUCUGGGCAAUGUGACCUUUGAGCCUGAGGAGAGUAAUGGAUCUGUAAAAGUGAGUGAAGCCUCCCGGGGAUGGCUGAAGGCUGCAGCGGGUCAGUUUGGAGUCCAAGAAGAUGAACUGUUAAAAUGCCUUAUUUGUACGAUGUCAGUGACCCGAGGCGAGCAGAUUCAGCGUUUUCACACCCAGCAGCAGGCAGAAGAUGCUCGGGACUCCAUUGCAAAGGUGGCAUAUGGCCGAGUAUUUGGCUGGAUCGUUUGCAAGAUCAAUGAACUGCUGGCUGAGAACGUGGAUUCUGAGGUGGAACUGAGGGAGAUAGGUAUCUUGGAUAUUUUUGGGUUUGAAAACUUUGCAGUGAAUCGUUUCGAACAGCUUUGCAUAAACUUGGCCAAUGAGCAGCUGCAGCACUUCUUCAACCAUCACAUUUUCCAGCUGGAGCAGGCUACCUACAAGGAAGAAGAGCUGCCUUGGGAGACUAUCACAUUCAACAAUAAUCAAGCUAUUCUGAAUCUGCUCCUGGCCAAGCCACUUGGGCUUAUGUCUCUUCUGGAUGAGCAGAGUGCAUUCCCUCAGGCAACUGAUAAGACAUUUGUGGAUAAACUAAACAGCAGCUUCAAGGGGAAUUUACACUUCCAGCCAGGCCGAAGCCAUGUUUUGGGCUUCAGCAUCAUUCACUAUGCUGGGAAGGUACAAUAUACUGCUGGGGGCUUUCUAGAGAAGAACAGAGACACCUUGCCAGCCAACGUUCGUGGGCUUUUCAUCAAGAGCAUCACUCCCUUGCUCAGUGUGCUGUUCACAGGCAAGUCCCUCUGCUAUGCCACUGUCUCCAGGACGGGGACACUGAUGCCUCAUGUGAAAGCCAAGGUCAUACCAGGAGCAGACAACAAGUUCAACAGCACACGAAAACAGUCUGUUGGAGCUCAGUUCCGGCAUUCCCUGAUGGUGCUCAUGGAAAGGAUGUAUUCUGCCAACCCGCACUUUGUGCGCUGUAUAAAGCCCAACAACCAGAAGGAGCCAGGUGUGGUGGACAGCCAGAUGGUGCUGCUGCAGCUCCGGUACAACGGACUGCUGGAGACAAUCCGUAUCCGAAGAGAUGGCUUCUCCUGGAGACCGUCAUUUGAGGAAUUUGCUGAAAGGAAGUCACGACUUUUCUUUAAAUAUUGGCACCAGGGACAGCUGGCAAAGUAUGUGGAGCGACUGGAAAGAGCAGCAGUUGUCAUACAGAAAGUUUUCAGGGGAUUCAGAUACAGGAAGAGUUACCUAAAACUGGUGGCUGAGCUGAGAGCUCAGGCACAGCGGCUACAGGAGGAGGCAGAGAGAGAAAGAAGCCGGCAGCUGGCAAUAGAAGCAGAGGCCCAGAUCCACUCCUUUUGA